AUUUCAAAUGGGUAAACCGUUAACAGCAGAGCUAAUAGUUCAAAAAACAAAAAAUGAUCAACUAUUCUAAAUAAAAAAUCUUAAUUUAUGGGGGAAUGACAUUGAUGAUUUGAAAGCUUUAAGACAAUUACCAAAUUUAGAAGUUCUUUCAUUAUCUGUGAACAAAAUUUCAACUCUCAAAGAUAUAGGUUGUUGCCAAAAAUUACAAGAACUUUAUCUCAGAAAAAAUUGUGUAAGUGAUAUAAAAGAAUUGAGAUAUUUAGUACAUUUACCUAAUUUAAGAGUUUUGUGGUUAUAAGGUACUCAUUUCAAAAAUUACCUUAGAUAAUCCUUGUGCAGAUCAUCCUAAUUAUAGAGAAAUAGUAGUCAAAUAUCUUCCAAACUUAGUCAAACUUGAUAAUACAACAAUAACAAAUGAAGAUAGAUAAAAUGCAUAAUCUGUCAAUAUUUUAGAAGAUGAUUUUGAAGAAUAAACUUAGAAUAAUAAUAACUUGAAUCGACCAAAAUCUAGUUUAAAAGAAUCUCCUAAAAAAUAGCCAUUUAUUUUCAAUCAACAAGAAUAAUAAAGGCCUGCAACUCCUGAAAUAAAUUCAAAUUAAUAAAAUAUCUUAAAUAAUAAUAAGAAUAUAGAAAGAAAUGAAAAUAUACUUUGUGCUGUGCUUUCUUUAAUUAAAGAACUUGAUGAUGGUUCUUUGGAAGUUGUUAAGAAAGAUAUAGAUAGAAAAUUACAGAAAAAUAACCUUAAGCGAAUUCUUUGAAUU